CGGUUGGGCUGAGUCGCCAUCGCCAGAGAUGGACGGCGAAAAACAAGUAUUGUACAGAAAAUCCCACUGUCUGCACCCGCCAGGGCACAUUUCGUUCAGUGAACGCAACGAGUAAAGUUGUUCGGUAGUAAUACGCUUACGCGCCUGCUACUUUUGUUGGCACAGGCUACUUCGGUUUACUAGUGUACUGCUCCAAAUAGUGGAAAGCGGUCUAUGGGAGGUACAGAAAACGGAGUUUGGUGAAAUUGAAAUGUGUAAAAGUUUUACUAGCAAAAUUAAACAGCUGGAGGAGUGAGUGAAACUGUGAAGCUAAUGUGAGCCAAUAACAGUGCCAAGCUUAUGUGUGGUUAUUCAAGUGACUGAAAGAGGUUUCAGACAGCAAAGCUACUACUAUAUUCAUUCGCUGGUGGACGAAGUAGAUCACUAGAUCUAAACUAUUUGAGACACCGAAUUGAUUGUUAGCUACUCGGAGAAAGUGAUUAAGUGCUUGUUCCGUAACAUUUGACUAGUUACAAAGAUGGCUGUUCAAGUGGAUAGACUGCUGUUAUCAGAAAUUGGACGCUCUAUAUCGUUGGACACAGCAACACGCCUAAGAGAAGCCGCCAUGAGUAAACUAAUUCGCCAGGUAUCGAUCGAAUCGCCCGCCCCAAAGAUCAAAGACUGCGUGUUCAAUAUGGUGGUUCCAGUACCGGACACGCCACCGAACGGGGCCCGUAUUCUUGUGGUGUACGCCGGGGCAUGCUACCGAAAGAAUCAGUCCACAUCGAUCUCGUCGAUCAGCAGUCAGCUGUCUGAUACCGGUGACAUCACCGCAUCGCUGCACAUACUAGCAAAACAAAUGCAGAGCGGCAACUUUUCCAGUAUUAGCGAGGAAGGUCCAGACAGCAAACCGAUUCAGACUCACCAGACUUCGGUGGCUAUUCAGCACAAUCCAGCGGCACAUCAUGGCGUCCGGGACGGUGCUUUGUUCCCCGGUUUCGAAGUGGCCGGCGUCAUCGAAUCGCUCGGCAGUGAAAUUAAAGAAGACUGUGGCUUCAAGGUAGGCCAACGUGUGGUCAUCUAUCCGUACGAAGGUGUCCCGGCCGGUUACUCCGAGCUUAUGGUGGUCCCGGAUCUGAUGUAUCUGAUUCCUAUUCCCGACACGCUGCCUCUGAGUGUGGCAGCCACGCUGCCCACCGGUGCACUGUUGGCCCAGAGCGCUAUCAUUUCCGCGCACAAAAUCGUGGACAGUCUACUUUCGACGCGACCAAACGAGAAGGUAAAGAUACUGAUCGUCGGCACCGGUGGACUGGCGCUGUGGGCUAUCCGAAUUGCGGCACAGCACUUCUAUACGCCGGCUACCAAGGACAAGAUUCAGAUCACUGUGGCCAGUCUGCGAGAUGAAGGGUUCGUGCUGGCGAAGAAGUGCGAAAAAGUUAAUCUCGUCCAGUGGAACGAGGAUCUGUACGAGAAGCAGCUGAUCGAGCGCACACACGAUGCCUGCGAUGGACUGGUGGACAUUGUUAUCGACUUCGGUACUACCUCGCGCAGCUUACACCGAUCGAUGAAGUGUCUGACUAAGGGCGGGACUGCGUUCAUCAGUGACGAAAUCGCCGAAAAACUGCUGGCCAAGUACGCUAAACGGGCGGAGGAUCGAGGUGUGUCUAUCGAGGUUGUUCCGACUGGUACCAUCGAACAACUGCAAGCCCUAGUCAAGCUGGUGGCUGCCAAUGAGAUCGAACCUCCACCGCAUACAGUAUUCCCUUCGGAACAAGCUGCUGAAGUGGUACGCAAAUUGGCCAGCUCAGAAAUACCCGGCCGUGCCAUAUUAAGAUUCCAUGAUAUUGAAUAAGCCAGUCCUACACACCCACACACAAACACUGAAACCCACAAACACAAACACAUAGUCAAACUAACACAAAAGCUACAAAAUUUUCUCCUUCUAAAUACCUUCACACGAUAGAACAUAUACUUACCAUAAGUAAAAAAGUAACUAGUGAACAAUUAAUUAAAAAAGGAAGGAAAUAUUACCUACGUGGAGGGCAGUCGAUAUAAGGCACCCCGAUGCGCUUAAUCAUUCUCAUUUGAUUAUCUCUUGGGGCAAGUCGUGCAAGCAAUGAAGCGUCGAAAGAGGAUUAAACCAGCCGAGGAAGCAAAAUAGAAUGGCAAGAGGUUGCUGCAGCAAAACAAAUCUGAAUUACAUUGAAAACUAUAAAUGUAUAAUUUAGUCUAAGGGCGGAACGAAGCAACAGGUUACGCGCAUUGCAAUUAAUUCCACCUUUUCUUUCGAUUCUACGUUUAGUCUGUAGAUAUGAAUAUGUAUGUCUUUCAUCAUUGCAAAAAAGAGAAAGAUAAGGUUUGUAUCCUUUCAUCCGCUUAGGCAGCAAUUGAUUAGCCUAACAUGAUCGAAUGCGCAAACAGACUCCGGUGAUCAGUUAUCAGGAAAUGUGCAGACGACACACACACGUACACAAAUCAAUUACACGGUAUGGCAGGAUUUUUGAACGAAAAUCAGGACUAGUUUAAGGUACGACAAGAGAAAAAUGCAACGCAACAGGCUUAUGUAUGAAUUUGAUUUCCCUAUCGCAUCUAGACUAAAUAAACAAUGAUUUUUAUGUACAAAUCAACACGAGGGAGGACUAUAAGCUGUAUGCUAAUGAUUAAACAGGAUAGAGGUUUGGACUAUCAGGGAUUUUGAUGAAGUGUGAUUAACUAAACACCCAUCAGGACUAUUGGAAGCUACCUAUAUCUGUUUUCUACCAUCUCAAUGUGCGAGUUAACGCAAGGAUCAGCAGAGAAUACGUUUUGUUAUGAAUAUAAAAUAUACUUCAGUUGUGAUUAGGUUUGCCCGUUACUGCUAGCUCAAUUCCAAAGGAUUUUGACGGCAGACGGGGGAACGUGUUUGGUUUAGUUUUUUAUUUUAUUUUUAACUUAAUAUCAUAAACGAUAAAUGCGAAUGCAAACGAUAACUGAAAUAAAUGAUUAAAUUUAUGCGAUGUGUUUAGAAUUAUCUUAAACUUAAUUGUAGCUUAAACACAAAACAGAACAGAAGAAAAACAAAACAUGUGUAUUAUUGAAUAAAAGAAUAAAAACUGUAUAGGAGUUUAAAAAAAUUAA